GAGUGAGCAUCGUGAUCAUCCUCCAAGGCAUCCCGUAAAAAUGCGGCUUCUAGUUUCCUUUAUUCACAAUAAUGGUGAGAGCCAAUGCCUUUCUCAUACUUGUAUAGCGUCCGCACCAAUAGAUCCUCGUUUGUUUCGACAUGACACCUAUAAAAGCCUGCGCGAUAUGGUCGUCAUCUAAACCUCAACCCCUCACAACUGCCUUUGCUUUCAAACAUGUUCCAGAAGCUCUUGGUCGCAUCCCUUCUCUUUCUCGGCAUCCAAUUUGUAAAUGCCGUACCAAACGCUACUGCAUACUGCGACUCGACUAGUGGCAUCUGCUAUCAGGGUUACACGGAUCCCACCCUCGAUAUCACCGUCGGCCUCACAUUCCCUCCCGUAUCGACAGACGGUGGUGCCAACUCGACCGCCUUCAUCGCAGAAAUAGUAGCACCCGUUACCUAUGGUUGGACUGGUAUCACUGUCGGAGGCUCCAUGGCUUACAGCUUACUGUUCGUUCUCUGGCCAUAUGAGGGCGAAGUCAUCUUGUCACCGAGGUGGACAACUGGUUAUACACAGCCUACUCCUUACUACGGACCAAUAAUCACCAUGCUCCCUGGUACCUCGGUCAACUCUACGUCCAUCACAGCUUCGUUCUUAUGCGAGAACUGCACUUACUGGGAGGGAGGAGCCAUUGGAGGCGGUGACUUGGAGGGAACACAGCUCAUCGAAUACGUCGCCAAUAACGAUACAGAAGUCUUUGACCCAGCCAACUACGCGUCAAACUUCACCAUCCACGACGUCUAUGGCUCUUUCGAGCUCAACCUCGCCGAUGCGCACUUUUCCGACUUUUUCAGUCUCUUGUGAACGAUGGUCGUGCAAUGGACUGUUAUACU